AUGGAGGAAAUUCCCGAUGAGGUGGUGGAAAUGUUUAUGAGACGAGCAGAAGAAGAACGGGAGCGAUUUUGUAUGACAUUUACCGAUGCAAUUGAGGGCGAGUUCACGUCGUUUAGCGUCGAAUCGAACUUUUAUGAUUUGGAAAAAUUGAGAUUGAAUGUUUAUUGCAGUGAGUUAAGAAAUGGUGAUUUUUCUGGGACACUAGUAAAUGUUCUCCAAAGGUACUGUAUUGUAGUAAACUUCAAAAUUCUUUUUUAAAGAUUUCUAAUUUUCAGAUGGAGAGGUUCAAAAUGUCGCCUCACAGAUUUUGUCGCCUACUAAGAUCCAAUUCGUGUUUGAGGCUCGAGGAAAUGUUAUGAAUCUAAUCCUUGAACAUGAAGAGGAAGUUAUUCAAAAUAUGCAAAUUUUUCCAACACCUUCACCAGUUAUUCGAGGAGGAUGAAGUAUGAGAGAAAUUUGAAAAUACAAACAAAUUCCUUUUUCAGGAUCCACAUGCCUCGUCACAAAAAUCUCCACAGUGUCUUUUCUUAUCGAAAUUUUUUGCGUUUUUGGAUUGCUGAAUGAAUAAAAAUGUUUUCAAAUUUCUGGCAAAGAAUUUCAAAGCUUUUGUUAACCUGGAGAUCUCAUUUUCCUGGAAUUUUUCAAAUUUUCGAGUGAAAAAUUUUUGAAAUUUCGCAAGAAAUGCGGAAAUUUUUCCUUUUAAUAAUAAUAAUUUAUUGGAGAAAUUCCUUUCCUGAACGUGACAAGAUAUGAAAUAUCUAUAAUUUUCCAGAAAGUGAAAAACGACUUGGCCCACAUUUUCUGGAAAAUCUAAUAAAUAUCCCAAAUCGAGAUCAAAAAUUCACAAAUUUUCAUGCGCGAAAAUCGGGGGAUGCGGAGGAGAUUGCCACGUUUUAUCAGGUGAAAUUGGCCAAGUGUUUUGAAGAGAUUGGACGAUUUGAAGAGGCUUAUGACGUGGCAAUGGAAGCGAUGCAGAAAAUUGAGAAGAAAAAUGAAAAUAUGAAGAAGUUGUUGCAAGAAGUUCGAUUGAUUAUUUGCAAAGCUUUGGUUGGAAUGAAAAUGCUGUGUAUUUUUUGGUUAUUGCUAGUAUUUCAGCUGUUUAGGUAGGAUUAGGGGAAAAUUCUUGGAAAAUUGAUGAUUUUCCGUGUCAGGAAUUAAAAAUUGGCUGAUUUUUCGUGUCAGGGCCUAAGAAUACGCCAAUUUUCCAUUCGGGACCAUUAAAAACGCUGAAAUUCUUCCGAGGGCUUGGAAAAUCAGUAAUUUUUCGUGGCGGGACCAUAAAAAUUGAUGAUUUUUAUGUCAGAACUCAAAAAGUUUAGGAUUUUUAUUGUCAGGCCCCAAAAAUUGGCUGAUUUUUCUUGUCAGGACCCAGGAAAUACGCUCAAUUUCCUUUUAGGACCUGAAAAAUCACAUUUUUUCGUGUCACGACUGCAAAAUCCAGUGAACAUUUCAGCAGAAUGGACGAUAAAACAACAAGACUCCGCGAUUACGAGUAA